AUGAGAAGGAUUGUAGAUUUUUUUGUUAGACAUCAGGUUAGUUUUUCGAAUUUAAAAUUAAAAUAAUCCCUUAGCUACUUAAUUAAAAUUGUUUAAAUAAUUAAAUAGAAUAUAAAAAUUAAUUUAAUAUUUUGGAAACAGAUAAUAUUUUAAUUGAAGUCACUUUUAAUAAAUCAAAUAUUUAAAAAUAGCAUGAGCAUUCAAUUUAAAAUGAAAACGAUUAUAUAAAUCAAUCCAACUCAUAAACUACAUAAAGUACGAUUCAAUAAAAUAAUUUAGGAUAAGCAUAACAAAUAGAAAUACAAAAAAAUGCAUAAGAUGAAAGUUUAGUCGAAGACGAUUUAUAUUUUAGAGAAUAAAGCUUAAAUAACAAUACAAUUUUAUAUAAUAGAACUAUUUAAAAAGCUUAAAUUAAAAUUCCAUAUUAUUAAAUAGAUAAUAUGA